GUCUCUGAUUUGUGCUAGUCUCUGCUCGUUCUUCUUCUUGUAACAAUGUAUUCCGUUCAGUGCGCUGGUAGAUUCGUUGUCUUGUGUUUUUCUGCUUUGAUGGUUAGCCAAAUUGCUUAUUGUAAACCCAAUGGCGCCCCAAUUGAAGCUUGUGAAGACAUGUCCCCGCAGCAUUUCCUUAAGCCGCAAUCAGGCGUGUGUCCGUUCACUUCAAGGCUUGCUAAGGAUGAAAUGUGGUCGAACGGUACUAUCGAAGUGACAUUAGAACAUGACAGCGAAGAUUUCAAAGGAUUUUUGAUGAUGGCUUUUGACAGCACCAGUUCCGACAUGAAUCCCAUCGGUACUUUCAGUUCCGAUCUCAAGGGCAUGGGAAAGGCCAUUGACUGCAGAACCGAUGGUACAAAGAAUGCAGUGACCCACAAGGACAAGUCACCGAAGAGAUCGGUCGUUGCUACCUGGACUCCCCCUGAGGACUUCGAUGGCUCUGUUGUUUUCAUGGCUACCUUCGUCAAGUCGUUUGACAUGUUCUGGGUCAAGCAAUCGUCUUCCACCCUACGAGUUAAACGAGCUGAUCUGGGUAGUGAUGGCAGCAGUGGAAAGGGAGAGUCGUCUACCACUGAGCCACCUGUUGAAUCUACUACCGCCAAGAAGCCUUCUGCGAAAUCCGACAAAGAGGAUGGGUCAGAUACCACUACAACACGGACAACUACAGCCCAGCCAGAGAUUACAGAUGCUGCUUCGCCGAUUGGUAUCUUGGCUUUUUACAGCGUUAUAAUUAUCGGCGUUACCAUCGCUUUUAUAGCCUGAUAAUCUUGAAUCGAGCCCUUCACAUCCUCCAAGGUGUACAAGAUCUCUCAGUAAUUUCUUUUAAAUCCUUUGUUUCCCUCCCAUUUUAUUCAGCAUCUCUUUGUAAUAUAUUUUAUGAUUGGAGCUUUUCUGUUGUGGUGGUUCGAUCGUAGAAUUCGAAUGCAAAUAUACCUUCAUUAAGGUUAAA